AUGUCCAGAAACAUCUCAUUCCUCGAUAAGGAGAAUGCCGUGGGACGAGUGGGGAAAGAGCCCAAAUCAUUUGUGACAAAACCAGUCGCUAAAAUGACUAAGAUAGCCAGAGUACCGUUAGGAGGUAAGAGUAAUAACCGAGCUAUUCCAACCCUUGAUAAGUCACAUUCUUCUUUAACAAGUACAAAUACAGGUACAAGUACAAGUACAAAUACAAAUACAAAUACAGAUCAUAGAACUAAUAUCAUUACCAGAAGAGUACCUGUACCCUUAUCAAAACCUCCUCUUUUAUCUAAGGCUAAUUCAUCACUAGGAUUCCUGCACUCGGUUCGAUCAUUUGAACCUAAAACUAUUAGUACCAUUAGACGAUCUGAAAGAGUUAUAUUGAAAAAGUUGAAUUCUAAAUUGGCACCUCCUGCUGUUAGAACCACAUUUACCGAUGAAUUGGUUAAAAAGAAUCAAAAUCAAAAUCAAAACCCCUCUCAUACUCAAACCCCAAAUCUUAUAUCCACCAUAACAUCUCAUACUGAUAAACUUCAUAGUAAAAAUAAAGUUAUUCAUGAUAUAAAUUAUAAUAAUGUUGAUCCUAUUAAAAGAAGUCGAAGAAUCAUUCCAACUAUACCUCAUCAUGGAUAUAAUUAUAAUUAUGAUUAUAUAGAAACUAUACCUCCUAAGGAAGAUCCUUUACCAAGUAAUCCAAUUGGAUUAGAACCAUUAAAUAAUGAAGAUUUACAAUUCUUUUCUAAAUCAACCAGAUCAGUAGUCACAUCAGAAAACAUUCAAGAUUAUCCUGAACUCCAACAAAAUGAAGAUGCAUUAAAUUUUGAAGAAUUAGAUUUAGAUUCCAAUCUUAGUUUUGAUACUAUGGAACAAAAUAUAUCAUUUGAUUCAGAAUCAGAUUUACAAGAUAAUUCUAAUGGUCCAUUAGGUUUAUCAGCUAAGGAAUUACAAGAUUUAUUAGAUUAA